GUUGCAGCUGAUCCCACAAAAACCAGUGUUUUUGGUUAAGUAUAAAAGCCACAUUGGACCAAUAUUCCUAGACACUGCGCUGAUCUCAGAGGACGUGAUGGAACUCUUCAAAAUCACAAUUGUCACAAUUGCUGCAUUCAUUGGCUUCUCCUCGGGAGCAGCUAUAAGAAAGCCAGUAUGGUGUGUUGAGGGAGUUGAAGCAUUCCAUCAGUGCAAAGAAAUUAAUAAAGAAAACGAAAGACCAUUGCGGUGUCUUCUUGGUAAUGACGAAAAGGACUGCUACGAAAAGAUCUCUAAAGGCUUGGCUGAUUUUUCUGCUUUUGAUGGUGGAUCAAUUUACCAUGCAGGAAAAGAAUUCGGUUUGAAGGUAUUCAUGUCGGAGAAACUAACAAAAUUGGCAGAUACCGGCACAAAGUAUUAUGGGAUCGCUGUGGUUAAAAAGUCGAGUAACCUGACAUUCAGUAAGCUAAAGGGUGCCAAGUCUUGUCAUACAGGUAUCUGGAGGACUGCAGGUUGGGUCAUACCCGUUGGAACAUUGCUUAGCAGCGGCCAGAUGCCGUGCCUGGAUGGAGAUCUAACCAAGUCCGUUGCUGCGUAUUUCAGUGGUAGUUGCGCGGCAGGUGCACAGCUGCCGAAAUACAACCCAACGCUCUCUGGAGCUGAAAAGCUGUGCUCUGUUUGUUCCGGAGAGGGAGAUGCCAAGUGCUCCAGAACAUCUAAAGAGCCUUACUAUGGAUACCAUGGUGCAUUCAAGUGCAUGAAAGACGGAGCAGGAGAUGUAGCAUUCAUAAAAGAAUCAAUAUUGAUGAAAUUGAAGCCAGAGGAGCAAGCAAAGUAUAAACUUCUUUGCCCUAAUGAUGAUACGGUGAAAGAUCCAAAAGACUUCAGACAGUGCCACAUGGCUGGAUCACCGGCCCAUGGUUUGCUAACGAGGAAAGAUGCAACUGAAGAUGAAAUCGCCAGCUACCAAAGGAUGCUUCAUCAGUUGGUUACAAAAUUUGGCCACGAAGCGAAGUUGAGAAAACAAAUUAAUGUUUUUGAUGGGCGUUUGUUUUCACGAUAUGCCAUUGGCUUGGAUGAUGUACCAUUUGACAAACGGUCUUUUGAAGGCUAUCUUGGAUCAGGGUACAUCAAUGCCAUAUCAAAGCUGGAGCACUGCAGCUAAUGAAAAUAUGGAAGGACGUCAUGACGACAAUGUCAUAAGAGUAAAUUCAAACUUACAUUCUAUUUUGAAAAAGCCGAUACUUUGUAGUUGUGCUUUAUUUAGCCUCCAAAAGAGGAUCAAAGUCGUUUUCA